AGAGGGAGGGUGAGAGGCCCGGCAACUACUCAGAGUCUGUGUUUUAGUAAGGCAGUACAUCGGGCGCCCUGCCGGACAGACUGAGAAAAGAAAAGUCCUCGGCUUCAUAGCGCCCCGCUAGAAGAGCUUUCUACUUUCGUCCUCUUCUGCUCAAGAUGGUGGCGUCCCGGGCAAUUGGCAGUCUCAGUCGCUUCUCUGCCUUCAGGAUCCUCCGCUCCAGAGGCUGUAUUUGCCGCAGCUUUACAGCAUCUUCUGCUUUGCUGACCAGAACCCAUAUUAAUUAUGGAGUCAAAGGGGAUGUGGCGGUUAUUCGGAUUAACUCACCCAAUUCUAAGGUAAAUACAUUGAAUAAAGAAGUACAAUCAGAGUUUGCAGAAGUUAUGAAUGAAAUCUGGGCCAAUGACCAAAUCAGAAGUGCUGUCCUUAUUUCAUCAAAGCCCGGCUGCUUUGUCGCAGGUGCAGAUAUCAACAUGCUAGCCUCUUGCACAACCCCCCAAGAAGCAACACGAAUAUCACAGGAAGGACAGAGAAUGUUUGAGAAACUUGAAAAGUCCCCAAAGCCCGUUGUAGCAGCCAUCAGUGGAUCCUGCUUGGGAGGAGGACUUGAGCUCGCCUUAGCAUGCCAAUACAGAGUAGCAACAAAGGACAGAAAAACAGUAUUGGGUGUCCCUGAAGUGUUACUGGGACUCUUACCAGGAGCUGGAGGUACCCAGAGACUGCCCAAAAUGGUGGGUGUUCCUGCUGCGUUUGACAUGAUGCUGACUGGUAGAAACAUUCGUGCAGACAGAGCAAAGAAAAUGGGAUUGGUUGACCAGUUGGUGGAACCCCUGGGACCAGGAAUAAAAUCUUCAGAGGAAAGGACAAUUGAAUACCUAGAAGAGGUUGCAAUUACUUUUGCCAAAGGCCUGGCUGAUCGGAAGGUCUCUGCAAAGCAAAGCAAAGGCCUGAUGGACAAGCUGACGUCAUAUGCCAUGACUAUUCCAUUUGUCAGACAACAGAUUUACAAAACAGUUGAAGAGAAGGUGAAAAAGCAGACCAAAGGCCUUUAUCCUGCACCCCUGAAAAUAAUCGAUGUUGUGAAGGCUGGACUCGAGCAAGGAGAUGACGCUGGUUAUCUUGCUGAAUCACAGAAAUUCGGAGAGCUUGCGCUGACCAAAGAAUCGAAGGCACUGAUGGGACUUUAUAAUGGCCAGGUCCUGUGCAAGAAGAAUAAAUUUGGAGCACCACAGAAGAAUGUUCAGCAUCUAGCCAUCCUCGGUGCAGGGCUGAUGGGAGCUGGAAUCGCCCAGGUCUCUGUGGACAAGGGACUCAAAACUCUGCUUAAAGACACCACAAUGACGGGGCUGGGCCGGGGACAGCAGCAGGUGUUCAAAGGGUCUGCUGCUUCUACCAGGAAGGAAACUGUCUGGGGCAGGGCGGUCGGCUUACUCUUUUGUUUUUCAUCACAGAUUCCUUUUUCCUUGCAGGUGACUCCAGAGCACUGCAUCUUUGCCAGCAACACAUCUGCUCUGCCAAUCAAUCAGAUUGCUUCUGUCAGCAAAAGACCUGAGAAGGUGAUUGGCAUGCACUACUUCUCUCCCGUGGACAAGAUGCAGCUUCUGGAAAUCAUCACGACAGACAAAACCUCCAAGGACACCACAGCCUCUGCCGUGGCAGUGGGUCUCAAGCAGGGCAAAGUCAUCAUUGUGGUGAAGGAUGGACCUGGCUUCUACACCACCAGGUGUCUUGCUCCCAUGAUGUCUGAAGUCAUGCGAAUCCUUCAGGAAGGAGUUGACCCUAAAAAGCUGGACACCUUGACCACAGGCUUUGGCUUUCCUGUGGGUGCUGCCACCCUGGCAGACGAAGUAGGUGUGGACGUAGCCCAGCAUGUAGCAGAAGACCUGGGCAAAACCUUUGGGGAGCGGUUCGGAGGUGGCAACAUAGAACUGCUGAAGCAGAUGGUCUCCAAGGGCUUCUUGGGUCGCAAGUCUGGGAAGGGCUUCUACAUCUAUCAGGAGGGGUCAAAGAAUAAGAGCCUGAACUCGGAAAUGGAUGGCAUCCUGGCGAGCCUGAGGCUGGCUGCCAAGCCCGAGGUCUCCUCUGACGAAGACAUCCAAUACCGUGUGAUAUUGAGGUUCGUGAAUGAGGCAGUCCUGUGCCUACAGGAAGGGAUCCUGGCCACACCUGCGGAGGGAGACAUCGGAGCAGUGUUUGGCCUUGGCUUUCCCCCUUGUCUCGGAGGGCCCUUCCGCUUUGUGGAUCUGUACGGUGCGCAGAAGGUAGUGGACCGGCUCCGGAAGUAUGAGUCUGCCUACGGAAUACAGUUUACCCCAUGCCAGCUGCUCCUCGACCAUGCAAACACCCCCAGCAAGAAGUUCUACCAGUGAGCAGGCUCUCCCAUCCUGUCCCGUCCAUGCACUAACCCAGACCUGGCAGUGCGCAUUGUGUCGUGCUGGCUAGAUUUUCAGGAGAAAGACCAGGCCUUGGGUCUGCUCCUCCCUCAGUGCCUUCAGCCCUGACCAGCUCUUCCUCCUGGUGAAGUCUGACUGUGAAUUAAGCCUUUGUACUUCAUGUUGGAGGGUGAGCCCCACUGUGCUCCUUUCGCCAGCCUGCCUGAGGCCCAGAGCAGCAGCUACAAGCAACCCAGAACAUCUGGUGCCUGUGCCCCCCAGGAGGCCAGUGGGGACUGGCAGUGGGGAGGGCAUUUCUGCACCCGGCCAAACACAGGGUGACAAUAAAAUCCAGACUGUUGGCCUCUG